AUUGACACUUUAAUCGUGACUGACAGAGCUCGUGCGACUUACAUUUUUUCAAACGAAACAUUUCGUAAAAUAAUAAAAUGUUUGGAGGAGGACGCGCCCCGAUUUUAGUGUUGAGCCAGAAUACAAAGCGCGAGUCGGGCCGAAAAGUUCAGUUGGAGAACAUCAAUGCCGGCAAGCAAAUCGCAGAUGUCAUCAGAACAUGUCUCGGCCCACAAGCCAUGUUAAAAAUGUUGAUGGACCCCAUGGGGGGCAUCGUAAUGACCAACGACGGCAACGCUAUUCUGCGAGAGAUCACCGUGCAGCAUCCUGCUGCUAAAAGUAUGAUAGAAAUAGCCAGAACCCAAGACGAAGAGGUGGGAGAUGGUACCACUUCUGUAAUAGUAUUAGCUGGAGAAAUGUUGGCAGCUGCUGAACAGUUCCUCGAACAGCAAAUCCACCCGACGAUCAUCAUCAGACAAUACAGGCAGGCCCUCGAAGAUAUGGUGCAGUUCCUAGAAGGACCUUUGAGCGUACCUCUAGAUCGAAGCGACAAAAACGCUAUUGCCGAAGUGGUUAAAGGUUGUAUAGGAACGAAAUUCUUGAGCAAGUGGUCGGAUUUGGCCGUCAAUAUCGCUUUAGAUGCGGUAAAUACCGUUCUAUUAGAAGAAAAUGGCCGAACUGAGGUGGAUAUCAAGAGAUACGCCAAAGUGGAAAAGAUUCCCGGUGGUUCGGUUGAGGAAUCGAGGAUUUUGAGAGGAGUCAUGUUGAACAAAGACGUUACCCAUCCUAAAAUGAAGCGACACAUUAAGAAUCCGAGAAUCAUCCUUUUGGACUGCGCUUUGGAAUACAAGAAGGGAGAAUCUCAAACCAACGUUGAAAUUAGUACCGAAACUGAUUUUACCAAACUCCUCGAAUUGGAAGAAGAGCACGUGAAGCGCCAAUGCGACGAGAUCAUCGCCCUCAAGCCGGACGUCGUGUUCACCGAAAAGGGAGUAUCCGAUAUAGCCCAGCACUUCCUGCUGAAGGCCGGCAUCACCGCCAUCAGGCGUGUGAGAAAGUCCGACAACAACCGAAUCGCCAGAGCUUGCGGCGCCGUCAUCGUCAACAGAACCGAGGAACUCCAGGAGUCCGACGUGGGCACCGGGGCUGGUGUGUUCGAAAUCAAAAAAUUCGGCGACGAGUACUUCUGUUUCGUCGACGAAUGCAAAAAUCCAAAGGCCUGUACGAUCCUCCUGCGAGGAGCCAGCAAGGAUAUCCUGAACGAAAUCGAGAGGAACCUCCAAGACGCCCUGCAAGUCGCCAGGAACAUCAUACUGUCGCCGCGUUUGGUGCCCGGCGGUGGGGCCAUCGAAAUGGCCGUGGCCCAACGGUUGAUGCAAAAGGCCACGCACGGUCCCUACAGGGCUCUCGCUCACGCUUUGGAAAUCAUUCCGAGGACGUUGGCGCAAAAUUGCGGCGCUAAUACCAUCAGAACGUUGACGGCUUUGAGGGCUAAGCACGCCAAUCACACUGACGCCGACAAACCUUGUACUUGGGGUAUCGACGGUGAAACCGGGGAAUUGGUCGAUAUGAAAGUCAAAGGCUUGUGGGAGCCGUUGUCUGUGAAACUUCAGACCUACAAAACAGCCGUCGAGACCGCUAUUCUCCUGUUACGUAUCGACGAUAUUGUAUCGGGAUCGAAAAAGAAGGGCGACAAGGAGGUCCCGACUCCCAGCCAAAUGCAACAACAGGAAGCCCAAGGAGCGGAUUAAAUUUGAUCUUUAUAACUUAUUAUCGUUUCUUUCGUUCGUUCGUAAUUUAACGCUUAUUAAUUCACGAUUCAGGUCGAUUCUCUUUGUACUCGGCAGAUUUAUAAUAAAGAAAAAAAUGUAAUCAGUUUGUUUGCAUAUUUGUUGGUCCCAUUAUUUGAAAUUUUC